AUGACUGCUAACAAAGUUACUGAAAAGGAAGAACCACAAAGAUUUGGAUUAGAAUCUCAAAUCAAAAGAAAUCCUCAUCCAGAUUUCAAGAAAGUGGAGAGAGAAAGACCUCCCUUUGAAAAAGAUGCUGAAUGGCACUAUACUCAAAUUCCUAAUAAAGAUUGGCAAGUAGGUACUGGAGCUAACGAUUCAAGUUGGACUGAACAUAAGAAAGUAUCAAUUGAUCCCUAUGGUGAAGGCAGAAAUUUAGUAGAUAAUUAUAAAUUAUUAAUUGGUGCUAUAACUCCAAGACCAAUUGGAUUUUUAUCCACAAUCAGUAAAGAAGGUGUAACAAAUUUGGCACCAUUUUCAUUUUUCACUCUUGUUAAUAACGAGCCUCCAGUUUUUGCAAUUGGAUUUUCAUGUAGUAAGGCUAAUCCAAAGGAUACUCUUCGUAAUAUUUUAGAGACUGAAGAAUUAACUGUUAAUAUUAUUAGUGAAUGGUUUGUUGAAGCUGCUAAUUUCUGCUCAACCGAUGCUCCUCAUGGUGUUGAUGAAUUUAAAUUAGCUGGUUUAACACCAAUAGCUUCAGAAAAAGUUAAAGCUCCUCAUGUCGGUGAAGCCGCAUUUUCCGUUGAAGCUAAAUUAUAUCAAGCUCCUCAAGAAUUUAAUUCAAAGGUUGUUCCAAAUAAAGUAACAGGUACUUUAGUAUUAGUUGAAGGUAUUCAAUUUCAUGUUAGAGAAGACAUUUCAAAUGAAAGUUUUAACAUAGUAGAUAUAAGUAAGCUUAAACCAGUCUCAAGAUUAGGAGGUAUUUCUUAUGGUCGUACAAUAGCCGGUUAUGAAAGAUUAAGACCCGAUUUUAAGAAGGAUGUAGUUACGGAUGAGGCUGCUAAACCUUUGCUAGAUUAG